AUGGUAACUGAAAUGUCUAAAAGUAAGAAUCUUCUGAAUAGUAAAUCAGAAUUAUCAAGCGAGGAGAAGUUUGAAAUUCUCGUAUUCGAUGUGCUCUAUAAUUCGGCAGUGGCUCAACCCCCUCUGGUUCCAGAUAAGUCCCAGAAUGUCCUGGUGGACAAGGUUACGAUUCAGCUAACACGAUCCAAAGAAGAAAGUCGAAAGAUUACGAUUCAGCGAAUACGAUCCAGUGGAGAAGUUCUAAAGAUCACGAUUCAGCGAAUACGAUCCAGUGAAGAAAGUCGAAAGAUUACGAUUCAGCGAACAAGAUCCAGAAGUGAAGUUCCAAGGGUUAAAUUCGCGUUCUGCGUUCUACAAAGUCUACGGUUAGACUUAGGUUCUAGAAGACUCAAAUUGAAAAAAGCCUAUGCUAUAACUAGCAAUAACACAAUAGAUCAUAAUAUGCACAAUGAGUUUCUAAGAAAUAUCAAUGAAUUCAAUAGAUUUGAUUUGGGUUGA